GGGCGGGACGGCGCGCGGAGUCGGCUCGCUUCGGCUCGCGUCGACUGCGCUCGGGAGGCUGCGGUAAAUCCGGGCUUGCGGCCGCCUGGCAGCAGAAGCUGCGGCCCGGUGGUCCUGUGCCGCGCGGCGCCGAGCGCCCCGAGAGCCAUGCAGAUGUCCUACGCCAUCCGGUGCGCCUUUUACCAGCUGCUACUGGCCGCUCUCAUGCUGGUGGCCAUGCUGCAGCUGCUGUACCUGUCGCUGCUGUCCGGGUUGCACGGGCAGGAGGAGCAAGAGCAGUACUUCGAGUUCUUCCCGCCCUCCCCGCGGUCCGUGGACCAGGUCAAGGCGCAGCUGCGUACCGCGCUGGCCUCCGGAGGCGUCCUAGAUGUCAGCGGCGAUUACCGCGUCUACAGGAGCCUGCUAAAGACCACCAUGGACCCCAACGACGUGAUCCUGGCUACGCACGCCAGCGUCGACAACCUGCUGCACCUGUCGGGCCUUCUGGAACGCUGGGAGGGCCCGCUCUCGGUGUCGGUGUUCGCAGCCACCAAGGAGGAGGCUCAGCUGGCCACGGUGCUGGCCUACGCGCUCAGCAGCCACUGCCCAGACAUGCGGGCGCGGGUGGCCAUGCAUCUCGUCUGUCCCUCGCGUUAUGAGGCCUCCGUGCCUGACCCUCGGGAGCCCGGGGAGUUUGCUCUGCUGCGUACCUGUCAGGAGGUCUUUGACAAGCUGGCCAGGGUGGCCCAACCUGGCACGAACUAUGCCCUGGGGACCAACGUCUCCUACCCCAAUAACCUCCUGAGGAAUCUGGCCCGUGAGGGGGCCAAUUACGCCCUGGUAAUUGAUGUGGACAUGGUACCCAGCGAGGGGCUGUGGCGAGGCCUGAGGGAAAUGCUAGACCAGAGCAACCAGUGGGGGGGUACGGCCCUGGUGGUGCCCGCCUUCGAGAUCCGUCGGGCCCGCCGCAUGCCCAUGAGCAAGACAGAACUGUUGCAACUGUACCAGGUGGGCGAGGUGCGGCCCUUCUACUACGGGCUGUGCACCCCCUGCCAAGCACCCACCAACUACUCCCGCUGGGUCAACUUGCCGGAAGAGAGCCUGCUGAGGCCUGCCUACGUGGUACCCUGGCAGGACCCCUGGGAACCAUUCUACGUGGCUGGAGGCAAGGUGCCCACCUUCGAUGAACGCUUUCGACAGUAUGGCUUCAACCGAAUCAGCCAGGCCUGUGAGCUGCACGUGGCCGGGUUUGACUUCGAGGUGCUGAACGAAGGCUUUCUGGUCCACAAGGGCUUCAAAGAGGCCCUGAAGUUCCACCCGCAGAAGGAGGCAGAGAACCAACACAACAAGGCCCUCUACCGCCAGUUCAAGCAGGAGUUGAAGGCCAAGUACCCCACGUCCCCGCGCCGCUGCUGAGCCCCAGCCCUGGGGUUGGGUGGGUCUGGCCCCAGUGUGGGGGGAGCUCCCCUGGACGCUGGGCACGGCUGGGGCGUCGUGACACUGGACUUGCUGGGUGCUGGGACCCCGUCCUGGCUUCACCACUAACUAGCUGCGUGGCCUGGAGUUGAGCGCCUGGCCUCUCCCAGCGCCCCCAAACCCCUUGUCCGACACAAGGGGGAGGUGACAGAACCUACCUCACGGACCUGCCGCCGGGGGCCUGGGGAGAGGGCUGCGUGUGAACACCCUGUCCGCUGCGUACCAAUGUGAAGUUUUAUUCCUGUUAUCACAGUAUUAUUAUUGUUGUUAACAAGCUCGGGUGGGCAGGCAAUAGCACAGCCGGCGGUGUGAAUCGGGCAGAGCAGAGGAAAUGGACUUUUUUUGGAAAACAA